AAGUUAAUUAUUCUGAAUAUUGGGUUAAUUACACUAAACAUUUAUAUUUUCUUUGAUCUACUGCAGUGGGUGAAAUCUAUAGUGUCUCAUGAAUGAAAGCUUUUGUUGCCUUGUCCUCUGUCACCUAGAGAAAACAUAGAAACAUGUUGUUAAACUGCACAUUUAGCUAACAUAGGAAAUUCUUUGGAAUAUUUAAAUGAUGGGGUACACCUGAAAUGAGUAGGUGGCCAAGGAAUGCUACCUUCUAAAGCUCUUUGAAAUCAAGUACCAUUUAUUAGCCUUGCAGAAGGAGGUGGGUACUCUGUGUUCCUAGAAGGGAUUGAAAGAAGAAUAAAAUUAGGACAAAGGAAAACUUGUGAGGUUAGCUUUAGGACUAAUUUAUGUGGAAAAUAGGAUGGCUUUUCAUAGUUGCUUAGUAUAUUUCUUGUACGAAAUUGUGUCUAUUUUUGUUUUCUUUUGUAUUUUGCUAUCCUACUUUUGUUACCCAGUUACUUACCUGCCUUUCACAAGUAUUGUUCUUUAAAAUAAAACUAUGACAGCAUGAAACCUUUGUAUUUGUUUUUAAAGCUGCUGAGCAAGUGAACAAACCAGCUUUCAUUUUCUUUAAAACAGGCAAAUGAAAGCUGUGGAGUCUUUUAUUCUACACUUCUAGAAAUGUCAGAUUUAUGCCAGCCCCUCUGCUUUGAGAUUAAUUUGUAUAACUGAAAGCAGUUGGUUUGGAAAUACUGUAAUGAAAGGAGGAAAUUGAGAAAGCAUGUGGGCAAAGAUGGAAAAAAGGGUUACUUAAAUAUGUAUCAGGUCUGGUCAGUGAAAUUGUCUUAGUUUUUGCCUACAUUUAUUUUUGUUCUUCUCCAAACUGAAACAAAAAAUCAUGCCUGACCAAAUUAGGUUUUCCUUACUCUGAGCUCAUGCAGAAUUUAUUACACUUAUAUACAUCUUUUGAAACCAAUUCUUGUGGUUUAUGUCUCUUUUAAAAAUAACAUUUCUGUGGGGCACCUAGGUCACUCAGUUGGUUGAGUGUCUGCCUUCAGCUUGGGUCAUGGACCUGGGAUCCUGGGAUUAACCCCUGCAUCAGGCUCUCCCUCUGUCUACUUAUCUGCCUGCCUGUGCGCACUCUCUUUGGCAAAUAAAUAAAUAAAAUCUUAAAAAAAAAAAAUUCCAAGGAGCUCAGGUACCUUUUUUUUUUUUUUUCCCGUAACACAUAGUGCUUUACAAUUAACUUCCAUUCCCCAGUUCUGUAAAUAAGUCAUUUUAUUCUGGAUCACAAAAGGAAUUCUUUCCUCAGCAACAAACCCUUUGGCAAUAGUUCUCCAGAUGAGAAUCUUUUGAACAUACUGCUUAUACUUUCCCAGAUUUAGGUUUUCUGUAAAGUGCAUCCCACUGUAUAAAUGUUUUUAGGGAUUCUCCUUGAAUGAGUAUAUAGUAGCAGUCCACUCUUACUCUACUAUUAAAUAUUCACUAAUAGAGAUACAUCUAAAAUACAAAAAUAUGAGCAAACCAAGAUGUUUCAUCUUUUAAUGCAUUCAUCAGAAAACGUUUGCCUUUGUCAAAUUCUAGAAGUUAGCUUUGGUUAAGGUACCCAUGUGAUCAGAAAAUUAGGCUCAUUUUUUAAGCAUUAACCAUUUUAUGACUUUCAGCUUCUUACUCAUCCUUUCCAAGAAAUUGGAGAAUGGUGUUGAAUAUUGAAUUAGAUAGUUGUUUUUUUUUUUUUUUAAGAUUCUAUUUAUUUUUUUGAGAGAAGAUGGAGUACAAGUGGGGAGGAGAGGGAGAGGCAAGCUCCCUGUGAACAUGGAGCCUGAUGUGGGGCUCCGUCCCAGGACCCCAUGAUCAUGACCUGAGGUAAAGGCAGACACGUAAUCAACACCCAAAUUCCCUGAAUUAGAUGGAUGUAGGGGAUCUCUGUUCCCAUAAGUUUUUUCUAUAUCCCAAACUAUCAUUUUAGGACUGCUUGCUUGUGAUAGGUAUUUCACUGGGCAGUUUAUAUAUAAUAUUUCAUAUAAUCCCUUUAAUAACUCUUUGAAGGAUCUAUACCUACAUGAGAAGACCAAGUCUGCCCAGAAAGAUUAAGGGUAAUUAAUAGCUACCAUUUAUUGAAAUUUUAUUAACUGUCCUUUAUUGUGUUAAGCAGUGUGUGUGUGUGUGUGUGUGUAUUUAAUUUUAUUUUCCAAAUAACUAUGAAAUAAGUAGUAAUAUCCACAUUUUAUAGCUGACUCUAUAAUAGUCUGUUUCUUUUACUGUAAUUGCUUUUUCUACAAUGUAAUUACAGUAUUAUGUUGAUUGCCAGCAAAUCUGGAAGUAUAGCUCUUAUCUACCUUUUUAGGUAAAAUCCUUUUCUCUAAACUGUUCCCCCCCCCCAAGCUGGGGAUAUAUGAUAAGUAAUGUGCAUACUUUAUUAUAAUCAAAAUAAGUUGACCUCAUUUAAUAGAAUUAAAUAGUUUUAUUCUUCAUUGUUUGAAACCAGUUAUCUUAAAAAAAAAAAGAAACCAGUUAUCUUUAAGUCAUUAGAGUUGCAUGAAAUCUUGUAUGUGUUCCGGAAUUUAGUUUAUCUUGAAAGGACAAAAAUAGAAAUUCACACUGGGGAAAAAUAGUUAUAAAAAUGAAACUUCCAGUUUGAGCAGAAAACUAAAAAUCUUGAUUAGCCAAAUUUAUAUUGAGAAUUGAACCUUAGUGUCCUAUAUUAUACUCCAGUCCCCAUCUUUCACCAAAACACCUGACUUUUACCCUUUGACUAACAAUGAAAUGACAUUCCAGCAGUUAUUCAAAUAAGUACUUUUGUCUCUGUCCUGUAUAUUGUGCGGGUUUUCCUCCAGUUAGCAUAUUCAUGAUAAUACGAGGCUGAGAUUGUUCAGAAUUAUAUCAUUCUUUUCCAAGAAGAUCUGGUGAUAGAGUGGAGUAAUAUAUCAACACCCCCACACAGUGUUUCAUAUGUGUGCUCAGCUUUAGAGCACAAAUUGUGCUUCUGUCUUAUUUCUUCCUGACCCAAACUGUGUAGUUCAGCCAUAUGUUAAGCUUCAUCUCAGCUGGGGCCAUGAGCCAAGUGAUUCUUUGGUUUAGUUUUUUGUUUAAAAAGAUUUCUUGAGAUGCAGAUAUGACAUAAAAUUAUUUUAUUUUUACUUAGGAAUUUGAGGAAAUUUUUCAACCUGAAUUUUUAAUGACCACUUGACUUUAGGAUUUUUAAUAAACACGUAAAAGCUUGAAAGCUUGUUUACUUUUUUUUUUUCUUCAAGAUUUUAUUUAUUUGACAGAGAGAGAAUAAGCACAAGUAGGGGAGCAGCAGGCAGAGGGAGAGGGAGAAGCAGGCUCCCUGCUGAGUUAGGAGCCCGGUGUGGGACUCGAUCCCAGGAUCCUGGGAUCAUGAGCCAAGCUAAAGGCAGACACCUAACAACUGAGCCAGCCAGAUGCCCCAAAAACUUAUUUAUUUUUUAAUAAUUUUCUCAGAAAAUUCAGAUGUAUUGGGUAUCUUUUUGGAUAUAUAGUGAUAUUAUAAGGUGGUUUAGAUACUAAUUUUUCAGGUUAGCUAAUUUUUGUUUUAUUGAAUCAGAGUGAUGUUUUGUAAUAAGGUAGGCUAAAAUGAGCUAUUCCUCUAUUUUUCUGUUAUAUAUAUUUAUUUUUUUAACUUUUAUUUAUUUAAAAAAAUAUUUUUUAAGUAAUUUCAGCUUGAAGUGGAGCUCCUCCAACUUACAACUUGGAGAUCAAGAGUCACAUGUUCUACCAACUGAGCCAGCCAAGCGCCCCAUUUUAUCUGUUAUAUUUUGUAUUAAAGAUAGAAUUAACACUAAAGCAUUAUAAAAAUUUAUAAUCUCCAUCCCUAACACAAGUAUUCUUAUAUUACAUAUUACACAGCAGUUACUUCAUUUUUGCCUACAGUUGCAAUUAUAGAAUAUAUGACAUUUUGGAUUCUGUUGUUUUUGUCCAAAAGUAUAAACCUAAAACAGUAAACUAAUGGACUGUGAUCUCUGAUUGCUUCUCUGCUUUUUUUUUUUUUUAAGAGUUUAUUUAUUUAUUUGACAGAUAUUACAACUAGGCAGAGAGACAGACCGGGGGGGCGUGGGGAAGCAGGCUCCCCGCUGAGCAGAGAGCUCGAUGUGGGGCUCUAUCCCAGGACCCUGGGAUCAUGACCUGAGCCAAAGGCAGAGGCUUUAACCCACUGAGCCACCCGGGCACCUGUUCUCUUUUUUUAUUUUGAAGAUUGAUUUAUUCAUUUGAGAGAGAGAAAGUGAAUGUGCACUAGGAGGGAAGGGCAGAGGGAGAAGGAGUGGAAGAGAGUCUCAACCAGGCUCAGCGCUCAGUGGGGCUUGAACCCAGGACCCUGAGAUCAUGACCUAAGCCAAAAUCAAGAGUCAGAUACUUAACAAAUGGCACCACCAGGCACCGCUGAUUGCUUCUCUUUUGAAUUGUGUCUGAGCAGAGGGGCAGUUUCAAACUUUGAAGAGUAACAUAUAAUGAACCAAUGCGUCCUUCUGAAUUGUCUUUGAAAACAAAUCAGAAACUGCUCCUGCCUCUGUUGUGGAGCAGUCUUCCAGGAUCCCUCUGCAAAUGGGCUCUGUGGCCUAGUAUCCUGAUCCCUGCACCCAUGAUAAUGUGUUGAGGCCCAUGAGGGGUUACUGCCAAGGUUUCCACCAGCCCACAAGCGACUGCAUGGCAGCCAUCUCCUCCAGCAGCUCGCUUGUGGCCACCUGUUACCAGUGUGUCCUGGGUUCCACUUCUGGUAACAUCUCCUGUGCAAGUGCAGCCAUCCCUCGCCACCCUGGUCUUGCCAAGGCUGAUUCAGGUUAUUGGUGGGCAAGGUUCUUUUUUGGGAAGUCCACUCUCCCAUUCAUGGCUAUAGUGUUGGAGUCUCCAGAAGGUUCAGAAUCUCCUCAGGCCUCCAGUAGCAUAAUCACCUGUGACUCAGCUCUGGAAGCCUUGAGGAAGCAGCCUCGUGGCCAGCCUGGAAAAGCCAACACUGGGCCCCAAUCCUGAGUAGCCAUACCAGCCACCAGGCUCAUUGAGAAGGUGCUAGGCUCAUCAGAGUUCUUCUCCUUCCCUCCCAUAAACUAGGCAGUCUACAGCAAGCAGAAGCAGUGGGUUCUUUUAUAUCAGAACAGCAAAACACCAAAAGGGAAUUUGAGAGAACCCUACUGUUUACUGUCCAAGCCACACUCAAGCCUUCCUGACACCCUGUAACCAUGUGCCUUGAACCAAGUAGAAAACAAACUCCAAGCAGCCAGUAAAAAUAAAUCAGCAUUACAUUGUAUGUAAGAAGGUGAUUCUUUUAGCUCUGAGAGUUUAUGAUUUUUCUCUAAGUUAGAAUCUGCAUUUUGUGCAGUUACAUAAUUGUUUUUUGUGGUAGGGAGAGGGACAUGGUAUGUUUUUUUUGUUUGUUUGUUUUUGUUUUUUUCAUUUAAAUUCAAUUAGCCAUGAUAUAGUACAUCAUUAGUUUCAGAUGUAGUGUUCAACAAUCCAUCAGUUGCAUAUAACACCCAGUGCUCCUCACGUAUGUCAGUUUUUUAAAAUUGAUAAAUUGUGGGGUGCCUGGCUGGCUUAGUCAGUAGAUCAUGCAACUCUUGAUCUUGGGGCUGUGAGUUCAAGCGCCAGGUUGGGUAUAGAGCCUACUUUAAAACACUUUUUAAAAAUUAAACUGUAGUAAAUUAUACAUAUGAUAAAAUGUUUUGUUGUUUAAGUGUACAGUUUAGUGACAUGAAGUACAUUCACAUUAUUGUGCAGUCGUCACCACCAUCCAUCUCCUGAACUUUUUCAUCUUCCCCAACUGAAACUGCUUCCAUUAAACACUAACUGCUAUUCUUCCCUCCCCCGGUCUAUGGCAACCACCAUUCUACCUUCUAUGAAUUUGAGUACUCUAAGCACCUCAUGUAAGUGGAGUGAUGCAAUAUUUAUCCUGUUGUGCCUGGCAUUUUUUCACUUAGCAUAGUUUUCAAUGUUCACUGUACAUCGUGACAAGAACUUUCUUUUCCAAGACUAAAUAAGAUCCCAUUAUAUGUAAAAACUACAUUUUGUUUAUCCAUCUGUCAGACAUUUAGGUUGCUUCUGUCUUUUGGCUAUUGUGAAUAAGUUAUAUCAGUUUUAGAGUAAUUUUGAAAAGCACUUAAAAAGCUUUUGCUUAGGUGGCACCUGAGUGGUUCAGUCAGUUAAGCACCCAACUCGUGGUUUCAGCUCAGGUCCUGAUCUCAGGGUUGUGGGAUUGAGCUCCACAAUCCCUGUGGGGCUCUGUGCUCUGUCUGGCUCUGUGCUCAGUUCAGAGGUUGCUUCUCCCCCUGCUCUCUCUCCCUCUCUCUCUCUCUCUCAAAUAAGAUAUACAAAUAAAAAUCUUUUUUAAAAAAGUUUUUUGCAGGACGCCUGGGUGACUCAGUUGGUUAAGUGGCUGCCUUCAGCUCAGGUCAUGAUCCCAGCGUCCUGGGAUCGAGUCCCGCAUCAGGCUCCUUGCUCGCAGGGAGCCUGCUUCUCCCUCUGCCACUCUCUGCCUGUGCUCACUCUCUCUCUCUCUGACAAAUAAAUAAAUAAAAUCUUAAAAAAAAAAAAAAAGGUUUUUUUUGCAUAGGCCAUCUUGCUGGCUGAGUCUGUAGAGUAUAAGCCUCUUGAUCUUGGGGACAUGAG